CCUCUGAGUCAUUCUGCAAUCAGCUUUGGCAGAAAAGAAGGGAUGCGUCCCUGCAGAAAAUAAGCCAAAAAUCUCCAGCUUUUGGACUGCAAACUCAGCAAAUGAGGUGCUCGUGAAUUAUGCACACCCUUGAGCUGCAAAAGCCGCCUUUCUUUCCCUGACUACUGUAUGGAUUCCAACAUGCAAAAGGAAGUUGUUGGAAAUCACAGUUCCACCUCUGCCUUGGAAGAUACGCUGGCUGAACAAGAACAUGAACCUCCUUUGAAUCAAGGGGGCAAGCAGAGCCUGGGAUUAAGGGGGAGAGUCUCCCCUAAACCUUUAAUACGGAGGACACCUCAAGCAGCCCGCAGAAGUUGCAAUGCAAGCUUUAAGUCUCCUGUUCUUCCUCCUAGGAGCCAUCAGGCUGCCGAUAAGGACGUCUUGCAGCGCGAAAUUGAAGAGAUGAAACGCAAGGAACUUGCUCUGGAUCAGGAAAUAGCACAAAUCAAGGCUGAGGGAUACAGCCUGGAGGAAUUGGAAAACCACAUUACUUUGCUUCAUGAAUACAAUGAGAUAAAAGACACCGGACAAAUGCUUUUGGGCAGAUUGGCUGCAAUCAGAGGCGUCACCACGAAAGAACUCUACCCCGAAUUUGACCUAGACCUUAAUGAUUAGGAGGAACGUAAAACAUGACACCACCACUAUCAAAAUAUAAUACACGGUGAAAAGGCAA